AUGUGUUACCGUCAGGUUCAGUGCGCCAGACACGGUUGUGGUCACGAAGAGCCCAUCGGGGACGCGAAGGUGGAUUGUCAAUCAUCUCAAUGUCGAUACAGCGCUGCACAUCCCCGAGGCUGUCCAAUUUGCCCUAGCACAUGUGUUCAAUGGUUUGUUGCACUGUAA